AUGAUAACGGUGGUUAACUCGACGGCAUUGGCCUGUGCCGGAAAGCGGCCGAAUUUACUAACGACAGUGACGGCCGCUCGGUUGACGUGGAAGAGAACGUUGGUUACGUCGAUAUGUGUAUUUGUGAUUAUGGUGGUCUACGAACACUUGACGCGAACGGUUACGGGUUGGCUGGGGAGGAACGCACUUGCGGGGUGGUUGAUGGUGGUUUUGGGAGCGGUUUUGGAGGUGGAGUUGAUGGCGGUUUUGAGUUUUGCUAUGGUGGUUUCGGUGUUGGAAGAACGGUUUGGGUGGGAGGCUAUGAAGGUUGGGUGGGGAAUAAUGGAGGGAAGGCGGUUUUGUGGGUGGGUUUUGGCUGGUUUUCUGGUUUUGUUCUCUGGUGGUAUUGGAUGGGGCUUUAGGGUUUUGGUGGACGGUCAGGAUGACACGAUGGUGGUGAUGAUGGGUCUUGUGGAUAAAGUGGGUUUUAUUUGCUUGUUUGGGUUGAUUGUGCUUUGGAGCUAUGUGGUUUAUACGGUUUUCUACUGCGAAUGUAGGACAACACGGCAUGCUAAUAAAGCGGAUAGUGGUUCCUCUAGGGUUUAA